AUGCAAAACACGAUUAGGUAUUUCAGAAUCAAAAUCUAAGAUACAGUCCAUUAUUCGGAGGAUCUCGAGACUUGCAAGGGAAUUGGAUUAGCAAGGAAAUAUCGAUUCACUGUCAUCGCUUUCGCUUCAAUAUCACAAGACGUUUCAACACUAACUAAAUUUUAUGAUUAUUUAUUUGAAUGAUAUGAGAAAUAAUGUAUUAAUUUAUACAUGCUGCAUACAUAUUUUAAUAUAUAUGUAUAGUCUAUAUAUUUGGUGUGCAUACGUAUUGCAUUCGAAAAAUAUACAUCGUCAAAAAAUUAAUUUCUUCUGAAAUAUUAAAUAAUAAUUAAUAAUAGUAUUAUGAAAUAUAAAAUGAUAAUUAAUAAUAGUUAUAAAUCAGUAUUACGAUAAAUUAAUAAUAAAUAUUAUAAUAAUUUAAUAUUCUAAAUUAUUGUAAUAUUAUAAUAUUAUAAAUUACUAAAAUUAUUAAAGUUUAUUAUUGUUUUUCAUUUACUUAUUAUGAUGUUAUUGUAUAUAUUAUUACAUAAUUAUAAUGUUUCUCAUAAUACUAUAAUAUUAUAAGAGUAUAAAUUAUUAAACUUGUUAAAAUUUAUUAUCACAUUUUUAUUUAUUGAUCAUGAUUGUACCUAUCGUUGUAUUGAUUGUAUCAUGAUUGCAUUGAUAAUGACAUUAUUAUAUAAUUGUAUUAUUCAUAAUAAUUAAUACUUUAUAAAAUGCUUCAUAAAAUAUUACAAAAUGUUAAAUAUUGAACCAAAUAAAAUGCGAAUGAAAGAGAAAUGUACCGAAACUUUUAGCCGAUGUUAUAUACUACAUAAUUGUGUAUAAUGACAAAACUCUUCAUACUGUUCAAAAGAAUAAUCAUAUAAUUGAUGACUAUGUAUAACAAUCAUACAAAUGAGAUUGUAUGAAAACGAAUUAAAUGGAGGAAGGAUUAACGUUUCGUUGUAUAUAUCUAGGAGCAGUACAUCGACAGCUGCAACCGCAUUUGCAAUUGCAACAUCUGCAUCAAGCAAUCCGCCAGACAUUGAUAAGGAUAAUCGCAGCGGUUCUUAUUAUGACAAAAAUAACCGGAAAGAGUCGGUUAUGUCGACCGCAACUAUGAUGCGAGUGUUGAAAGUGUUGAGGCAUUGGAUUUCGAAACACCCGCAGGAUUUCGAAUCCGAUCAGAGAUUAAAACAUCUGACGAUUAAGUUCCUUGAGGAUAUUAUGCGCUCGCCGAAUCUUCUGCCGGCUGAGCACAAGGCUGCAAACCAACUACUUCGAUUGAUCGCGAAGGAAGUGCCGGACAGCAACAAAGUGGAGCUAGAGAAACUGUUGGCUCCUCCAACCAGAAUUUCUCGGACAGGCAUGGAUAAAAACUGACAAGGCUACACGAGCACCCAACAUUUGUCUGCUAACAAAACGAUUCAAUGAAAUGUCACAAUUGGUUGCUUCUGAAAUUGUCAGACGUAAGAGUGUGUCGGCGAGAACUGCAAUGAUCGAGAGAUGGGUCGCGAUUGCAGACUACAACAGAACUUUGCACAAUUUCAACGGUGUAUUACAGAUUUGUGCAGCCUUCUCAAACAGCUGUGUUUUCAGAUUGAAGAAGACUUGGGACAAAGUUCCAAAAGCGACGAUUCAAAUGAUGGAAAAACUGCAGAACAUUGUAUCAUCGGAUGGACGGUUUAAAAAUCUAAGGGAAGCUUUACGUCGAUGCGAUCCACCUUGUAUUCCUUAUAUAGGAAUGUAUCUGUCCGACCUUUCUUUCAUAGAAGAGGGUACCCCAACUGUGACUGAAGACGGCCUCUUAAACUUUUCCAAAAUGAGAAUGAUUGCCCACGUGAUUCAAGAAAUAUAUCAAUUACAACAAGGAUCAUACAAUAUCGAACCGGUGAUGAAAGUUAUGAAUUACCUAUUGGAUCCAUCGUUGCAGAUCGACGACGAUACUCUAUAUCGCAUGUCCUUGGAGAUCGAGCCAAGAUCAUCCAAGCUAAGUAGUUCAAGUUUACUUCAUCUGACACCCUCCGUCGCCCAUAAGUCCAAUAAAUGA